AUGUCGGCGCUAGGGCAAAAGGAGGGCAGCAGCCGGAGUCUGCCGAAUCCAACUCCUGGCUUGAGUUAUUGGCAACGCACGACUCGGGCAUUCCCUCAUCUAUAUGCGAACAAAAAUGUGAAAACACCUUCCGAGUCCAAGUAUAUUGUCGUCGGCUCUGGUAUAUCUGGCAGUUUGACGGCUUUCGAGCUAAUCGAAGGAGGAGUCAAGGGGGAGGAUAUUGUCAUUCUCGAGGCACGCGAAGCAGCUAGCGGAGCAAGCUCACGAAAUGCCGGACAUGUGCGACCAGAUGCAUUCCGAGGCUUUAGUGCAUACUCCAAAGUUCACGGCGCGGAACAGGCCUUGAAGAUCAUUCAAGAUGAGCGACUGGUCCUACAGAAAGUGGAUGAGUUUGUCACCAAACAUAAGGUGCCCUGCGAUUUUCACCUCACAACAACAUUUGAUGUUUGCAUGACCCCAGAGUUUGCCGCCUAUGAGAAGGAGAGUCUAGAGUCCUUCAGAAAGGCAGGAGGGGACAGUUCGCAUAUCAAAUUCUACGAAGCAGAAGAAGCGCAGCAAAAGACCAGAGUCCCUGGAGCAGUUGCUGCAUAUGAAUGGCCAGCUGGAUCGAGCCACCCAGCAAAGCUUGCCCAAUUCCUCCUUCAAACCGUGAUCUCCAAGGGAGCAAAACUGUUCACCUUUUGUCCUGCUACUGAAAUUCAAGCCAGCUCAACUUCCGGAAUGUGGGAUAUACACACUCCGCGGGGAGUGAUCACAGCCGAGAAAGUCAUUCACUGCACGAAUGCCCACGCUGCCCUUUUACUUCCGCACUUGGAUCCCUACAUGCGGCCGAAUCGAGCUCAGGCCCAUUCUAUAAUCCCAGUUCCAGCAUUCUCGGGAGACAAGGCAUUGCAGAGCACUUUCUCACUUCGCUACAGCCUUUUCCAUUUCUACUCCCUCAUCCAGCGGCAAGCAGACGGCACAUUGGUGCUUGGGGUAUCGCGAUCAAACCCAACAUUAAGUGCCGAGACUAUUGCCAGUCGUUUGAGCACUGAUGAUACUCGGUACAGCGAGGAGAUUGUUCAAGACGCUUUACGUAGCUUUGGUCAACUGUUCCCUGCCCAUACGUCUGAGAAUUUUAUGCAUGGCGAAGGCUUGGAUCAUGCCUGGACGGGGAUUAUUGCCAUGACUACGGAUUCAGUUCCGUUUGUUGGCGCGAUUGAAUCCUUGCCAGGACAAUAUAUCUGCGCUGGCUUCAACGGCCACGGUAUGGCAAGGAUAUUCACCUGUGCCCCGGGAGUGGCUAAGCUUGUUCUUGGAAAAACCUGGAGUGAUACUGGAUUGCCCGAGUGUUUUCAAUUCAGCGAACAGCGACUCUCCAGGCUUUCGGACGGAGAUUUGCCCUCCAUUUGGUAG